UCAGUGGAUCGCAAGCGCAACACUAAACAGUCAACAUUUAGCCAUCACGAAGGAAGCUACUUUGGCGGGCGUGCAUAAAUUUCGAUUAUUGAGAUUUGAAAACAAUUUAAAAAAUUAAGUGUAUAUAUAUGUAGAUAUACAGUUGAAUAAUUUUGUGAUUAUAUUAAUUAGAGAUAUAUAAAAUAAAUUAAAAAACUAGCAAACAAACUGCACUGACAUGGCGAAUGCACCGAGCAGCAAAUUACGCCUCGAAUCUCUCGAUCGAAUCGUCAGCAUUCCUUUGGUCGAGACCAGUUUCAAACGCAUCGAAAACUUAUACGACAAAGUCAAACAUAAUAAUCGACUUUUCAAUUGGUAUUUCGAAACAGCCGAGUCUACCAUCUUUGCCGCCUAUGAAUCCGUACAGCCGGCGGUUAAACUCUUCGAAGCGCCUAUAAAACAACUCGAUGGCGUAAUGUGCAAAAGUCUGGACUUAUUAGAGCAACGUAUACCGUUAGUGUAUUUGCCACCCGAAAUGCAGUAUGACUUCAAGAUGUAUUGGAAUACAAAGGAAUAUAUGUCGGAUCAUCUGGUGCGACCAGUGCUGAAGCGUGCAGAUUCCGUCAAACAAAUGGGUAAUACCGUUUUGGAGAGUUCACUGACAACCUAUGCUGCACAACGUCUCGAUGAAGCCUUCACGGUUGGUGAUAAAUUUGUUGAUAAAUAUUUGGUGCCCAUACCCGGCGAUCAAGUCGAUGCUCCCAUCGAGGAUGACAAUAAUGCUGGUGCUGCGAACGAGAAAGGCGCCAUUAAGGCAAUUCAUCACGGACAACGUUUCUCUCGCAAACUCACACGCCGUUUAACACAGCGCACCUUGGCCGAGGCGAGAGCACUGAAGAAACAAAGCAAGGAAGCCAUAAAUAUACUCAUCUAUGCAGCAGAGUUGAUUGCCACCGAUCCAAAGUUGGCUUUGCAAAAAGCUAAGGAGCUGUGGGGCUAUCUGAGUGCUGAUGAGCCAGAGAAUCAAGCGCGUCCAGUUAGUUUGGAACAGCUGAUUGUACUUAUUACACGCGAAUCGGCUCGUCGGCUUGUGCAUCUUGUCAAUUUUAGCGCACAUAUCGCUGCGAACAUACCAAAGACAGUUUCACACACCACAACCGAGGUCGUGCAUCACUUAAUCUAUUACAAUAAUCGCAUUAUAAGCAUAACAAAACUAGAUAAAGUAAAGAACAUGUCCAAAGAAGAAGCUGAAUCUUUAAUUAAGCGCGCAUUGUCUUUCUACGGCAGUAUGCAGAUUUUGAGUAACAGCUACUUGGAACGUUUGGCAACUUUCCUUUCGGGACGCAUUGAAGCGGAAAAGGUCACUAUAACCGCUGUCUCGUCCACAUCGGGCACUUCCAAUGCUAGGCGACGUAUUGAGCCACAGGACAACAAUGUUCCCGCUCCUCAUAUAAAUGGCGUUUACUGAGAAAUAGAAAUUUUUAUUGCAAUCGUAUUUUUAUUUCAAAUCAUCGACUUUUAUUUUUGCUUUCAUAUCCCCACUAAUUAUUAAGUUGUUAAAAUGCAGAGCAGAUAAUUUUAGGGAUCGUCGAAUGUGUUGUUGAUGCAAGUAUUUACCCACAUUUUUACUCUACUUAGCUUUUUCAUUUAUUCCAAACAGUAAUUCUCAAAUACAUUUUUUUA